UACGGAGUUCUGGGGCAAGGCGGCAGCUUGAUGCGGUAAAUAUUGGGAGAGAUCACAUUGAAGAGUUACACAGGAGAAGAGCAUCAACUCAGAGAUAUACUAUUCCUGCCAAGGCGCCCCCUGCAGUCUGCAGAUGAAUCCCGAGCAGCCGCCUCCGUACCCGGGCCCCGGCCCCAGCGCCCCGGGAUACCCCCCCCAGGGCUACCCCCCUCCCAACAUGAUGCAGCCCAACCCUGGCUUCCCCGCCUACCCCAACUACCCCCAAGGGCCCGGAGGCCCCUACCCGGGCCCGGGACAGCCGCCCUACCAGGGGUACCCACAGGCACAGUACGGAUGGCAGAACGGUCCCCCACCAGGACCCAUGUAUGGGGAGGCUCCAAAAAAUACAGUGUACGUGGUGGAGGAGAGAAGACGAGAUGACACGGGGGACACCUGCCUCACCGCCUGCUGGACAGCGCUCUGUUGCUGCUGCCUUUGGGACAUGCUUACCUAGCGCCCCUCUCUCUACACGGCCCUCCCCACCAACCCCCACCAACCCCCAUCAACCCCCACCGACCCCAUGCCGCCGUAGCCACCCCACUCCUGACGUGUCUUCAGUGGGAACAGAAGUUCUGUAGCGCUCUGCCCAUUGAACACGUCCCUUCCCCGUGAACCCCGCCCACAGCCCCACCCAUAACCCCGCCCACAGCUCUGAAGGACACUGCGCUCUAAUGAGGUGCACUGUCUCCGCCCACACCGAUGCUGUGAAUGUUUGAAUGUUGCACAACAGCAGUGGGUGUGGCCGUCUGCUUUUAAAUGAACUGAUGUAUGUCCUUUAAAUUAAAUGCAUUUUAAUCAGUUUGUUAAAUAAAUUGCAUUUCUAAAGGUACGGAAAUUAUUUCUGUUCAUGUUAAUGUAUGUUUUCCUAGAAAAGUCAACAAACCUUAUUUUUCUGUUGAUUUUACAUAGGCCUAAAUAGAAAAAAAACUGGAGCUCUUCUUUUAAUACUUACAUUCCUAG